CGCUGCGUCCUCUCUGCGAUGCGCACUGGGACCGAAGACUCACCUGGAAUCCGAAGUUUCAGCUGCAGCAUCUGGACGAAACAACGACAUGAAGCCGGCCUCCCUGCUCCUGCUCCUCUCCUCCGUCCUCCUCUCAUCACACCUCCUCCCCGCCGCCGGCAGACCGCGCUCCCCCCCCGGCUGGCUGGAUGGCAACGGGCGCCUCCAGACGCAGCGACUGGACGAGGAGCUGCUCCGAGCGGCCGCCGCCGGGGACAGCGCCGCCUCGGACCUGCUGGGCGACAACAUCCUGAAGUUUCUCCGGAGGAGGAACCCGGAGCAUCUCCACCUGCAGCCCGCCGAGGAGGAGGAGGGCGAGGAGGAGGCGCUGAGGAACGCGGUGCAGCUGCUGAAGCGCAGCGAGGACCCGGCGCUGUCCAUCGACCUGACCUUCCACAUGCUGAGGAAUAUGAUCCAGAUGGCCAAGAUGGAGGGCGAGAGGGAGCAGGCUCAGAUCAACCGCAAUCUGCUCGACGAGGUCGGGAAGUAAAACUCCACCGCUGACAUUAGUGAGUGUUCCUGCGCCUGCCUUCCUCUUCGUGCCAUUUUACGCACAGCUGGUGCCAAAUUACGCACCAAAGCAUAUGUGAGUAAAAUGUAAAACCUUAGGUGUUGUUUAAGAACUUUGUUGGAGAAUAUGGGAACGGACUUCUCAGACACCCUCCCCCCCCUCUCACACCCACUGGCCUCACCCCUUCCUUCACCCAUCAAUCCCCCUAUCCCCCCCACACUGCUGGACUCCUGGUGGACAAAAGGAAUCAUCACUGGUUUUCACAUUCUCUCAUGUUUGACUUCUACACUUCUGUAUCAUUUCUGUGCACAGUCAGGUAAUACUCGCUGGUUCCUGGUUCGUGUGAGUGUUUCCACAGAGGAAGCUUUAACUAAAGUAUCUACACUGACAAGUCAUUUGCAUUUGAAUUAAUCACUGGGUUAAAUUAAAGUUUGACAUUUGAUUAAACUUGAGCAGAACCCAUUUCUCGUCAGUGUGCCGUGUGACCCUGGAGUUAAUUAGGAUGGUGGUAUUUACCCUCGGCGAUAAACUCAGUGUGAAUAAUGAGAGUUACAUUAUGGAUCAUGUAAUUACUGACACCCUCCAUGAGAUUAGAACCAGACGAGAACCUGAACUCACACACACAUUUUCCCUGAUGAAUUAAACGAGGCUGAACUCUGACUAAUAUGUCUUAUUAGUGAAAACUCUGAGAAAACCUUCUGGUGCUGAGGAGAAUUUAGAAAACACUUCUGCUGAGUAUAACUUGGUUGUUUCACGUCAUUGCUCCAGGAUCUAAUGUCGCACCCUCGUUUUGUCCUCUGAGGCUGAAGAACACCUGACUGUCCCACACCAUCAGCUUCCCUUUGUCCUCUGUCUGUCCCCCAUGUAGAGCAGCAUCACCUGUACUGUAACAACUGUAGCAUGCAAACCUACAUGUAAAAAAAACCACAAAAAAAGCUUGAUUUGACUGUGUGAACGCUCGUGUCUGACUCUGAUCACGUUCUCUUUGUUUUAGCAAAUGACAUGAAAAAAAUCUGCUUUUUUGCCAUUUAUAUUUUAUAAUAAACAAGUUUGGAGUAAAAGAAAAA